AUGGCAAUGAAUGCUCGAGACUUGCAUGAACAGGUGAAGGAACAGUGCCCUGAAGGAACACCAAUACCAUCCAUUCAAUGGCUCCGGUUGCAGUUCUGGCCAAGUAAGGCAUCUGCAGCUAGCAAAAGACACACAGGACGACUGAAAGUCAAAAUGGUUGUUGCAGCACGCCAGUUUAGAAAGAGUCAUGUAGAUGCCCACUAUGCAUCAGCUGUAUUUAGAUACCAGAAAGAAUUUUGUGUGCAGUUCCAGGAUAUUGCAAGCCUUGUGUGCAAAGAUGACAAGCAUACCAUCAAAGUAGGGGAGCCUGGCUUUCCAGUAGCUGCUGUGGAGCGGGGCAAGCGUGUCAUUGUCGGCUUGAACCAGUCUUUCGAAGUUGGUGACCAUGACUUUACCAAGUUUUCAUUAUCUCCUUCCGUCUCACUAGUUGUAGAGAUCCCGGAUUCCAUAGAUGGAAGUUUCUAUGAUGGCCAAGUGUAUGUUGGUCUCAAAGACAAUGUCUUUGAACCUUCAUCUGCUCUUUGA